AUGUGUUAUAAAAUCGUGUGUAGUUUACUGCUCUGUCUCGGCUCUGUCCGCUUGGCGUACUCCAGCAGCUCCAACAAUUUGGCUGGCUAUGAAGGAUAUACGAAGUACACGGUGCAGCAUGACGAUGACAGCGCUUUUCACUAUAUGGUCGAUCUGCAGACAAAUGAUACUGAAGUGGACUUUUGGUUACUCACCCGCAACAUGUCCGUGCUGACAGUGGGUCCACAGCGGAAGGCACAGUUCGAGUCGCGUCUGUCGCAGUUGGGUGUCCAAUAUCAGACACAGCCACUGAUGGAUCUGAUGGCAUCGCUGGAAGGCAACAGCACCUACCCCGAUGAUGAUGUGGACGAGUGCCAUUCGGGUGAUUGCGAAUCGCAGCGUCCCCACAACCGUCAGCGUCGCCAGGCCCGCGGCUUCUUCUCCCGUUAUCCACGCUAUAAUGAGAUUCUCAGCUUCAUGAGUGGACUCGCGUCGCGCUAUCCACAGUUCUGUCGCUACGAAUCGCUGGGGCGCUCCAACGAGGGUCGCCACAUUGCCGGACUCUCGAUUUCGCUGAAUCAGCGAGUGCGUCCUCGCCGAGUGGCCUACAUUCAGGCAGCUGCCCACGGACGGGAGUGGAUUACGAGCCAGACGGUACUCUACCUGGCCUAUGAGCUGCUUAGCAAUUUGCGCGCUUUCCAGCGGGUUCUCCAUGAUGUGGAGAUAUUCCUAGUGCCGCUCGUUAAUCCAGAUGGCUAUGAAUACACACACACAACGGAUCGCUUUUGGCGUAAGAAUCGCCGUCGCUUCGUUGGACACUCCUGCACCGGUGUGGAUAUCAAUCGUAAUUUUGGCAAUCACUGGAACUAUCAGGGCGCCAGUCAGAAUCUCUGCUCGGAGGUCUAUUCGGGCACGUCACCAAAUUCGGAGCCGGAAACAUCGGCGGUGGUGCGCUAUCUGCAAUUCAAUCGUCAUCGUGUGAAGCUCAGCCUGGAUGUGCACUCAUUCGGCAAAUUCAUUUUUUAUCCCUACGGCUAUGCGAAAAACACAGUGCCACCCACUGUGGGCACAUUGCGCGCGGUGGCGCAACGGGCCGCCAACCAAAUCACCAGAUAUCGCGGAACUCGGUACACCAUCGGCACCUCCGCUUCCAUACUGUACGAGGCUUCUGGCAGUCUGGAUGACUUUGCCUAUGGCAACUUGGGCAUACCCUUGUCCUACACGGUCGAGCUGCCCGGUGAUGAAUUCCACGUGGCCUCGUUUGACAUCAUACACGUCUGCAAGGAGACAUUCGCCGGAUUCAUUGAGUUCAUCCGGCAUGUUAGUCUGUAUUAA